AUGUUUUUGUACCAUAUUAAAUACAGGUUGAUAACUUUGCUAUCAUGUACAUUAAUCUGCUACUGCACACAUGGAAUCUUAACCCUUAAUUACACACUGGGAUUCCUUAACACCAAAUGUGGACUUUGUAUAGAGGAACGUGGAUUCCUCAAUAAAAGUUCUGAUAAUUAUCGCAAGACAGUCAAUAACAAAUUGACAAACAGAAGAAGAGUAAAAUACUUUCCGGUUCAAGCCAAGUCCGAAGAAGUGGAUUCCGGCACUAAAUACAUAGAUAAUUACCUAAAAUCCGGAAAGGGAAACUUGUUUAAGACCCAAGCUUCAAACUACAAGGAUGAAACUUCAGGAUUGACCAAUUUGGGUAAAUCGCAAUCUUGGAGUGAAAUUGUGUACGACGAGCUUUUAAAAAAUAGGCAGAGGCUAGCUAAGGCUGAGGGCAGAAGAGACCUGGCUUAUAAGAUCGAGGACGAUUUUGAGGUCAAAAGGGACCCUUUUGAAUACAGGCUGACCCCUGAGGGAAGGCUGAAGCUGGAGGACAGGAUCGAAAAUUUGAGGAGAGCAGCCCACUCGAGCCCAGUGCAGUACAAGGAGAAGACCCCAAUACUGUGGAUAGUGCGCUCCUCACACGGGAACUACUGCGAACUGCUCAAAAAGGACGAAGAGAGGAUCAAGUCGCUGGUUGACAGAGUGAGGAGGCACUUUCCGAAGUCAGAGCUGCAGGUUUUAGUGAUGAAGCUGAACGUCAAGAUGCCGCUGUGUGAAAUUAUGGUCGAGGGCACCAUGCCUGACCUGGUCAGAAUAUUGCACGCCAGGGGCGGCACACUCCAGUUUUACGUCGUUCCUCGCUUCUGGAGUCGCUGUGAGAUUAUUGAGAAGGAUCCCAGGCUCGAGGCCCUGUACGGGAAGGCCACGGCGCCCGGGCUCUUCCCCCAGUGGGACGAGAGCGGCAUGUUUGAGGAGAUCGCGGACUGCGUGGACACGCGUCCCGACUACGCGCUGGAGUUCAGGUCCCCCAGUGCUUGGCACGUCCUUCCCAUGAUGCCCGAGUUCGACCGGUUUGUCAUGAAGACGUACCUGGACAAGGUCCACUGGCCGACUCGACUGAGGGUCCAGCGGGCCUUUGAAAACGGCCUCGAGGACUACCGCGUUUUCAUCGAACACCAGUACGAGCGCCUUCAGCGGUACACGCGCAACGUGACCAACCUGACUCAUGAGUUAUCUGGCAACGACGACCCUAAUAACCUGUUGGACCUGUGGCUGUAA